UCAAGACCAUUGCCGUGCCACCCAGCCAUCAUGGUGGGGUCAGAGGCCUCCAUGUCCCAAGUGCAGCCUUGCUUCCAGCUGCUGCGGAUGGGUUCAGACCUGGGUCCGGCGCCUGCCUCCAAUUCACAAAGUACCUCUUCCCAAGACCUCUACACCUUCCUCCCUGACUCACCGCGAUGUGUCUAUCGGCUGGGAGCCCGUCACGACAUGUGUGAUGUUCCCUUGCCGGGGAAAGCUUGUGUCCAUGCGGAGAUCCACGCGGAACGAGAGCCCAGUGGAGAAUGGAGGGUCAACCUGGAGAGCUGCACCAGCACUGGAAUUUACAUAAAUGAGGUUCUCCUACAGCGGGGACAGCUUCUAGAACUGUCAGAUGGAGACCUCCUGCGCUUCCAAGAAAGGCCUUCUCCACCUUCCUCCCCAUCUCAAUCUCCAGACACAUACUUUUUGUUUCAGCGGGUUCGUGUGCGGCCUUUGGACUUUUCAGCCAUCACAUCGCCCCGUGCUCGGACAACAUUUCCCGGAUUCAUGCCAGUUCUGGGCACGCGAAGUCUGGGUGGGGACCGUGGAGGGUCUCCUCACUACACAACCGGAGCCACGGUCAUCUUGAACUCCAUUGGCAGCAUCAGUAAGAUGAAGCGGGAGAGGAUGCACAGCGGAGGUCUGAUAGGAGGAACAGUAGAGCUGGCCAAACCAGCCACUCCGAACCUUCCUCUGCCCUCCCGCACAGGCCUGGAAAGAAGGAGCAGCCGCAGGAAGGCCCAACAUAAGGUUCUGUGUGAGCUGGAAGAAGAUGAGGAGGACAGGCAGGUGGAGGAAGGAAAGCGGAAAAGAAAGAGGCGGCGGAAGGAGGAUGAGAAGCGAGUUGCCCAACCGAUUGACUUUGGAAGAAAGCCUCGUGGUCGUCCCAGAAAGAAUCCAGCUCCUCCUCUGGUGGUAUCGCAGACCGUAUCCAGCGCAGAACCAUGUGCUUGGCGCUUCUGCAGCCUCCCACAAGAAGACACAGUCAGCUGGGUGCAGUGUGACCGAUGUGACUCCUGGUAUCACGUGGUGUGCAUUGGACGCAGCCUAACCUCCCUGCAGGAUACAGACUUUUACUGCGGUUGCACGUGACCAGACCUUGGG